AUGGCUCGCACUAAGCAGACCGCUCGCAAGUCCACCGGCGGCAAGGCCCCGCGCAAGCAGCUGGCCACCAAGGCCGCCCGCAAGAGCGCCCCGGCCACCGGCGGCGUGAAGAAGCCCCACCGCUACCGGCCCGGCACCGUGGCGCUGCGCGAGAUCCGGCGCUACCAGAAGUCGACCGAGCUGCUGAUCCGCAAGCUGCCGUUCCAGCGCCUGGUGCGCGAGAUCGCGCAGGACUUCAAGACCGACCUGCGCUUCCAGAGCUCUGCGGUCAUGGCCCUGCAGGAGGCGAGCGAGGCCUACCUUGUGGGUCUGUUUGAGGACACCAACCUGUGCGCCAUCCACGCUAAGCGCGUCACCAUCAUGCCCAAGGACAUCCAGCUGGCCCGCCGCAUCCGUGGGGAGAGGGCGUGAUGUUUUUAUGCUUCUUUUUCAAAAAGGCUCUUUUAAGA